ACUGCAGGGAACCGAAUCUGUUUUAGCAGAUUUGGCAGGCAGAAAAGCUGACAAAUACUGCAGGGGGUUUAAAGUUCCAGGAAAGACUAUGUUACAUAAUCUGUUUUGCUACGGGUUGAUAUUGGCUGCGGAGUUAGACUACAAUCUCAAUGCCCCUAUUAUUAUUGAGAAAUCCAAGUUGUUUGAGCUAAUUACCAAUUGACCUCCCAAUGACCACGCGCAUGAAAGGGAAGUUGAUUUAGCAAUAUUAUACUCCGUAUAAACUGACGUAGGCUAAAUGCAUUUUCCAUUGGUAUUUUCCACUUAACAAUUCUCAAUUCUGAACAUUACUCGAUGUGUGAAUAUCGAGUUAGAAAUAUUGGAAAAAUCGCUGGAAACUGACAUGAAUUCAGGACUAAAACAAUCAUCUGGUUAACUUUCAUCACCUUUCACAAUGUGAUCCUAGCAAUUACUGAAUAAACAUCUUGCAACAUGAUGGAGCGCGGGACAAGCUUUGCGUUUUCCACGUUUCUACUGAUUACAGUGUCUUGUGUGUUGUGUUUGGGUGAUUCUGAACCAAUGCUUGUUAGUUACUCACAAUCGCUUGAACAACUUGAUAAAGGUUUUCAAAAAACAGCUGUUUUUAAUGAAAUUGAUACAUCAACACCGGAUCUUGGAAACAGCGACAAAGGAUUCAUUUGGAACACCGAAGACGGCGGGAUUUCCGCUCGAAGGCGAAAAAGACGUCAAGUUAGGAGCAACAACCUGAUAGAGCUUUUUGUUUCACAAGAAUGUGAAGGCAUCGUUCUGCGAUGGUCGAAGCCCAACUUUCCUUCGAGUACUGACUUCCACAGUAGCAAUUCGGAGUUCAGUCAUUACAACAUCUAUCGUGAAACGAAUUUCUUCUCAUCUGUGACGGGCCUGCGACCGAUUGCAUCGGGAAGAAAUGUAGCCGAACUCCGGAAUCUGCUGCUGGAAAAAUGGAUUGAUAAAUUUCCUCCAACUGGGACAGGCCUGUUUUAUGCUGUAACCGUUGUGAACAAUAAGGGAGAAGAACCAAGCAAUGUUCUUCCUAAACAGACAUCAUUUUUUGGCAGUUUUGAUGGUGUUGGCGGUAACCCGGCAAGGAUCAUGCCCAAUAUCAUUCAAGGCAACGUAAUGACUCACAGUGUUGCAUACAAUAAUUUCCGCAAUGAAUAUUUCGUUAUUUUUGAUGUGGAUCAGAAUAAUGACAACAUUCCUGACCGAGUGUAUGGAUGGCGUAUCAAUGGACUGGGACAAAUCUUGAACCGACAGUUGAUUGACUUCACCCUACGGGGGGCAACGACCGAACAAGGGCAUCCUUCUGUGGCGUUCAACCCCAGCACUCAAGAAUACCUGGUAACCUGGCAUCUCAGUGCGCCAGCAAUACAAGGAGGUGCUCACAUUAUUAUCGCGCAAAGAGUGCAUGGUCAUCGAACAGUAAAGAAGAGUAAUCCUUUUAUGCUCGUGAAUGCUAAAUUCGCUAGUGGAUUCCGUCCCGUUACUGAGCCAAAAUUAAUGUACAACGCUGGCUCUGGUGGAUACGUGAUGACAGCUAUGGUGAACGAACCGCCCAAAACUCUAUUCGUUGUUUUCAUGAGACCCGACGGUAAAGCCUCGUCCUUAACGCCUCUUUUUAAAGGCGAAGUUCUGGAAGGAAAACUAUUUAUGGAUACAAAACAUCAACAAGUGUACAUUGUGUAUCAAGUUCCACAAUGGGCCGUCACACUGACGUCUGAGAGUGAUGAGAAACUGAAGCAGUAUCCUUACAUAAUCCUACUUUCAAAGGCAAAUGCAACUGGUGCGCUUUUGAAACUAGGCAGCAGUAUGUCUGUGAGAUACAUGGUCGGUUAUACCAGGGAACGAAAUGCUCAUCUUGAUGGGUUUUUUGACCGGAAUAAUGGGUGGUUGACUGUGUUUUGGAACAACCGGGAGAAUGGUACAAGUGUAAUCAGCUCCUCGACUGUAGUUGGUUUACCAGGAACAUUCAGACGUGAAAUGAAUGCACACAAUUGUAAGCAACACAAGAACGUGAAGAACUCAGUUUCUUGUUUUCUACCGACAAACAACGCUCAUGUUAUGGUCUGGGAGGAAGGGGCGAGACUUGGCGGAUAUCUUGUGAAAGAUGGCGCUUUUAAUCCAGUGUCUGGAAUUCAACGCAGCGCUGUUGUUAUUUACAACGCGCGACAUAGCAGAGCGUUUGUUGUCUACCAACAAACUGUUAGUGGUAGUAGAGUGUUGUUUGUCAAGAAUCUUGCUCCUAGUUCGCAUUCCACGUGUAGUCCCGCGUGUGGGUCCUCCGAAAGAUGUGUUAUGAAGGAUGUAUGUACACCAAGGAACCCAGUCGUUGUCAAUAAUGCACGAACAUGCCUAAAAGAUAAUGGUGGAUGCAGCCAUACUUGUACUGGUCUUUCCAAUGGCAGAAGUUGUUCUUGUCGGGCAUCUUAUACACUUGCCUUGGAUGGAAUGAAAUGUUUUCUCACAGCUGCCAGGCCAGAUGUCUCUCUGUUGUACUCGACAGUAGGUUCGAUUUGGUCAGCAAGUGUCUAUUAUGCAGAGAAACGUGUAUCGUUUACACGAAUCCCAAUUCACGGGCAACAAAUUAUUUCAUUCUUCUAUAACGCAAAGGACGAAUAUCUAUACUGGGCAGAUGCUCGAGCACAGAAGAUAUUCAGGGCACAUCUAGAUGGAACGAAUAAGCAAGAAAUUAUAAACAACCAAGUCAUUCUACCAGAUGGAAUGAUUAUCGAUCCAAAAGCGGGAAGAUUGUAUUGGGCUGAUGGUCAAGUUGGCACUUUGUUUCGUUCCUUCUUGGACGGAGCAAAUGUUGCGUCGUUUGUUAUUGGUAUUGAUAAACCUAGAGCCUUGUCAUUGCAUCAAAAGAACGGAUGGUUAUUUUGGACAAGUUGGGGUGCAGUAGCGAAGAUAGAGCGAAUCAACACGAACGGUAGCAAUCGAGUCGUUCUCGUUCAAAGUGGCCUGCAAUGGCCUAAUGGUUUAGCAAACGAUGGAAAAUAUUUGUACUGGGCGGAUGCUCGUUCUAAGAAAAUAGAAAUGAGCGACUUAGACGGUAAUGGAAGAAUCACUGUUACAACGAAUGGUGUUACCCAUCCAUACGGUUUGGGAAUAGCUGGAAACAGAUUGUACUGGACGGAUUGGACGGGUCAUAUUCGUUCUUUGGAUAAACGCCAAUCUUACCGACAGCCUGACGAGAUUGCAAUUGGAAUUCUGAAACCAUUUUCUUUACAGAUUUACAAUGGAACGGCUUUGAAAGCUAGCUUCUGUACAGAUCCAGGGAUACCAUUGUUUGGAGGGCGAAAUCCACGUCCAACAAAAGCUGGAGGAAAAUACAACAUCGGAGAUAGAAUCCUUCUCACGUGUAAUCCGGGAUUUGUACAUCUCGGAUCGAAUGAUCGUCGGUGUUUACCGACAGGCAAAUGGAGUGGAAGCAGCACUCAGUGCAAAGCUCUACCAGUAUUUACCAGGCUGCCUCGCAACAAGACUGUCGAAGUUUCGUAUGCAGCGACGAUUGAGUGUUCUGCUGACAAAAGAUCAAUUGAUAAGGCUGUAAUAACGUGGUACAAAGACGGUAAAGUACUGGGACCCUCUCUCCGAUAUUACAAAGAUCGUGUGACCGAUUAUCUGCAUAUUCCUCGUGCAUUGGUUGACGAUGCAGGAUUAUACAGCUGUGAGGCGAAGAACGCAGCCGGGAGCAGACACGCGUCCAUGUAUUUGACCGUAAGACAAAAACAGAUGGCUUGCGGAAAGGCAAAAUUUACAACCAGAGCUAAGAUAAUUGGCGGACAAAGAGCUGAGCAUGGUUCUAUUCCCUGGCAGAUAUUACUUUUCAACAAUGUGACUAAAGCUCCAUUUUGCGGAGCUAGUUUGCUGAAUGAAAGAUGGGGAAUCACUGCUGCACAUUGUUUGUAUUUACAAAAUAUGAACAACGUGGUAGCAAUAUUGGGUGAGCACCAAUGGAACAGGGAUGAUUCAUCAGAACAACGAAUGUCCAUUUCUGAGAUACAUCUUCAUUCCCAAUACAAUCCAUCUACUUUUGACUCUGAUAUUGCUGUAUUCAAGUUUACAAAACAAGCUAUAUUCACUGACUAUGUAAUACCAGUCUGUCUUCCAACGAGUACCGAAGAUUUUGCUCUUUCAAACGGUGGAAAUGUAGCGAGAAUUAGUGGUUGGGGAGCUAGGAAAGUGGGUAAGACCCGUCCAGUGAAAAGGCUUCACACGGUUGAAAUUGAAACGGUUUCUCACAGAAUAUGUAAGGCGAAUCAUCUACCGAAAUAUAUCAUUACGGUGAACAUGUUGUGUGCAGGUCGCACUGAUGGUAAAGGGGAUGCUUGUCAAGGUGACUCUGGUGGGCCUCUAACUGUCAAAAAUGCUAACUCUAUGAAGAAUGUCUUAGUUGGUAUCGUAAGCUGGGGAGAUAGGUGUGGUCAGACAAAUAAAUAUGGGGUGUACACGAAAGUAAAGAACUAUAUAUCCUGGAUAAACAACCACAUAAAAAAUGUUUAGUGAUCUGUGGACAGAUCGUAUCAGAUUGGAUUCACAUGGUUUAUGAGAAACGGAUUUUAAUAGCAGUUUAAUUCUUAAAUUAAUUCAAAGGAUUAUUGCGGUAGCGUUUGGGGUGCUAAUAUUUUAUUCAUUCAUUUAUCCCGAACGCAGAUAAACGUGUAGUAUCGCAUGAAAUGAACAUAAAUAAAUUGCAAAUGAGUAAUAUGUUUUAA